AUGAAAGAGGAACAAUGUGCCGAUGAGCCUCUGGCCCAGCAGUCGGGAGGGGAUGUUGUAAUUGGAGGGCUUUUCCCUCUGCAUUAUGUGACUCCUAAGCAAGACCAUAGUUACCAAAGCAAACCUCAGCUAACACUUUGCAGAGGCUUUGACUACAGAGCCUUCCGCUGGAUAAUGACCAUGGUGUUUGCAGUGGAGGAAAUAAACCGUAAUUUGAGCCUGUUACCUGGAGUAAAACUAGGCUAUAGGAUUAUGGACGGCUGUGACCAUGUCCACACAAGCCUGAAAGCUCUUUUGUCUUUAGAAAAUGAAACAGGGGAGACAAUAGAUAGGAGUACACAGUCUCAAAUUUUGCCCUCAUGUCUGGCUGACUCUCCUGUGCCGGCUGUGAUCGGCCUUGCUUCCUCUUCCCCUACAAGAGCUGUAGCUCACACCCUUGGUCCUUUUAACCUCCCACUGGUGAGUUAUUUUGCCACUUGUACCUGUCUCACUGACAAGUAUAUGUACCCAUCAUUCUUGCGGACUGUGCCGAGUGAUCUCUUUCAAGUUAGAGGUCUUGUUCAGAUGGUCACCUUCUUAGGCUGGUUCUGGGUGGGCACAAUAGGGACGACGGAUGACUACAGUCACUAUGGUAUCCAAGAAUUUUCCAGCCAGUUUAGACAACAAGGAGGGUGUCUGGCAUUUCAUUUGACUAUCCCAAAAUCACCCACAGUGACAGAGAUACAAGAAAUGGCAGACAGGCUACAGAGUUCAACUGCAGUGGUAGUGCUGGUGUUUGCCACAGAAGGGCAGCUGCUGGACUUGAUCUUAGAGCUGGCUCAGAGAAAUGUGACAGGAAUCCAGUGGGUAGCCAGUGAAGCGUGGGUAACCGCUAGCAUGCUGACCUCACCCCGCUUCCACUCUCUCUUAGAGGGCACGCUGGGCUUCUCUUUCCCUGGAGUCAGGAUCCCAGGCUUGAAAGAGUUCUUGUUGAACAUCCGCCCUUCUCCACAACCUGGGAUGGAUUUUGUUAACAUGUUCUGGGAAGAGCUGUUUAGCUGCAGGCUGGAGUUUAGAGGAAACCAAUCAGCUGAUGCAAACUAUAAAGGUGCUGCUGAAAAGCCUGUAUGCACUGGUUCAGAGGAUGUGAGGGACAUUGACAACAGCUUUGCUGAUGUAUCUCAAGUCAGAAUAUCCUAUAAUGUUUAUAAAGCUGUAUACGCUAUCGCCCAUGCUCUUCACACUUUAUUGAACUGUGAUUAUGGAGAACAUGAUGGAAAGUGUGCUGAUCAUAAAUCAUUCACUUCCGUACAGUUGCUGCAACAUCUGAAGAAAGUGAAUUUCACUAACCAGUUUGAGGAGAAGAUUUCUUUUGACUCCAAUGGAGAGCCGGUCCCUCUCUAUGACAUCAUUAACUGGCAGAAGGAUAGUGAGGGUGAAAUUAGAUUUAUAAAAGUGGGAAGCUAUGACGGUUCCGCUCCAUUGAAAGAACAGUUGCAGAUAAAGCAAAGCACAAUUGUGUGGACAAGUGGACAGUCACAGGUGCCUGCAUCUCUUUGUAGUUCACCAUGCUCCCCUGGCAGCAGACAGGCCAGACGUCCAGGAGAGCCCCACUGCUGCUUUGAUUGUUUGCCCUGUGCAGACGGAGAGAUCAGCAACCAGACAGGUUCCACUGAGUGCACAAAAUGUGCUGAAUACUACUGGUCAGACAGAGACCAGGUGAAAUGUGUCGCUGGGGUCGAAGAAUUUCUGUCUUUCCACGACAUCAUGGGCGUCAUCCUGGUGACACUCACACUGCUUGGCGUUGUCCUGACAACCAUCGUCACUGCUGUCUUUCAACGUUUCCGUUCCACACCGAUCGUCAAGGCCAACAACUCAGAAAUAAGUUUCCUGCUUCUCCUGUCCCUCAAGCUGUGCUUCUUGUGUUCCCUGGUGUUCAUUGGCCAGCCAUCUGUGUGGACAUGUAGGCUGCGCCAGGCAGCAUUCGGGGUUAGCUUUGUCCUCUGUCUUUCCUGCCUCCUCGUGAAGACCAUAGUUGUUCUCUUCGCCUUUCAUGCUAAUGCUCCUGGUUCGAGGGCCCUGAAGCAGUUUGGUCUUUCUCAACAGCGGACUAUGAUCCUCUGUACUACAGCUCCUCAGAUUAUUCUCUGUGCCGGUUGUAUUUUGGGUGCACCUCCUUACCCAUUCAAGAACCCAAACUACCAAGCCUCAACUGGAAAAAUUAUUGUGGAGUGUAAGGAACCAUGGCCUCCUGGAUUUUAUCUGGUCCUGGGCUACAUUGGUCUACUGGCCUUCGUCUGCCUCAUCCUGGCGUUCCUUGGACGCAAGCUACCAGAUACCUUCAAUGAGGCAAAGCUCAUCACCUUCAGCAUGCUGAUCUUCUGGGCUGUGUGGAUCUCUUUCAUCCCAGCUUAUGUCAGCUCCCCUGGAAAGUUCACUGUGGCUGUCGAAGUAUUUGCUAUAUUAGCCUCCAGUUUUGGACUGUUACUAUGUAUAUUUGUGCCAAAAUGUUAUAUAAUAUUACUGAGGCCUCAAAGAAACAUUAAGAAAGGAAUGAUGAGAAAAUAUCUCACAUGAACUGACCGUGUUAUGGUCGAUCAUUUUAAGAGGCCACGUUUAAAGCACACGUUUAAAAAAUAGAAUGUUAUUAUGAAUCUACCUUUGAAUAUGAAACUAAUUAAAUGACACAUUAAAUAUG